AUGGCGUUCGUCCCCACGCCUAGCCCCACCGUGGUGGACCAGACCACGCUCAUGAAGAAGUACCUGCAGUUUGUGGCGGCGCUCACAGACGCCAACACGCCCGAUGAAACCAAACUGAAGAUGAUGCAGGAGGUCAGCGAGAACUUUGAGAACGUGACAUCGUCGCCUCAGUACUCCACCUUCCUGGAACACAUCAUCCCUCGCUUCCUGACCUUCCUGCAGGACGGCGAGGUGCAGUUUCUGCAGGAAAAACCCACGCAGCAACUGAGAAAGUUGGUUCUGGAAAUUAUCCACCGGAUCCCAACCAAUGAGCAUCUUCGUCCUCACACCAAGAACGUUUUAUCGGUCAUGUUUCGCUUCCUGGAGAUUGAAAGUGAGGAGAACGUCCUGAUCUGCCUUCGGAUCAUUAUUGAGCUGCACAAACAGUUCCGGCCUCCCAUCUCCCAGGAGAUCCACCACUUUCUGGACUUUGUGAAGCAGAUUUACAAAGAUCUUCCAAAAGUUGUUGCCAGGUACUUUGAGAACCCACAGGUGAUCGCUGAGAACACUGUUCCCUCUCCAGAGAUGGUGGGCAUGAUCACAUCUGUUCUGGUUAAGACGGCGCCGGAGAGAGAGGACAGCGAAACACGAACACACACCAUCAUCCCCCGCGGGUCGCUGUCCCUCAAGGUUCUGGCUGAACUGCCUAUCAUCGUGGUUCUGAUGUAUCAGCUCUACAAGCUGAACAUCCAUAAUGUGGUGUCAGAGUUCGUUCCCCUCAUCAUGAACACCAUCAUGCUGCAGGUGUCUCCUCAGGCCAGGCAUCACAAGUUGUUCAACAAGGAGCUGUAUGCAGACUUCAUCGCUGCCCAGAUCAAGACUCUGUCCUUCUUGGCCUACAUCAUCCGGAUCUACCAGGACCUGGUGGGUAAAUACUCCCAGCAGCUGGUGAAGGGAAUGCUGCAGCUUCUGUCCAACUGUCCCUCUGAAACGGCUCACCUCCGCAAGGAGCUGCUCAUCGCCGCCAAGCACAUCCUGACCACCGACCUGCGCAGCCAGUUCAUUCCUUGCAUGGACAAACUGUUUGAUGAGUCCAUCCUGAUCGGUUCUGGAUACACGGCCCGGGAGACGCUCCGACCGCUGGCCUACAGCACCCUGGCCGACCUGGUGCACCACGUCCGCCAGAACCUGCCCCUCACCGACCUGUCGCUGGCGGUUCAGCUCUUCGCCAAGAACAUCGACGACGAGUCUCUGCCCAGCAACAUCCAGACCAUGUCCUGCAAGCUGCUGCUGAACCUGGUGGACUGCAUCCGCUCCAAGUCGGAGCAGGAGAACGGGAACGGCCGGGACAUCCUCAUGCGGAUGCUGGAGGUGUUUGUGCUGAAAUUUCACACUAUCGCCCGCUACCAGCUCGUCUCCAUCUUCAAGAAGUGCAAGCCUCAGUCGGAGAUGGGCGUGGUGGACCCGGGGGUGCUGCCGGGGGUGCCGGCCACACCCACGCCGUCCACCACGCCGGCCAUCCCGCCGCCCGCCCCGCCCACGCCGGUCGCCGCUGCGGCUCCGCCAUCAGCGAUGCCCUUCGAUCGACCCGGGGAGAAGGAGGACAAGCAGACUUUCCAGGUGUCGGACUGCCGCAGUCUGGUCAAGACCCUGGUGUGCGGAGUCAAGACCAUCACCUGGGGAAUCACUUCCUGCAAAGCUCCGGGAGAAGCUCAGUUCAUCCCCAACAAGCAGCUCCAGCCGAAGGAGACGCAGAUCUACAUCAAGCUGGUGAAGUACGCCAUGCAGGCCUUGGACAUCUACCAGGUCCAGGUUGCCAACAACCAGCAGACGUACAUCCGGGUGGCCAACUGCCAGACGGUUCGCAUGAAGGAGGAGAAGGAGGUUCUGGAGCAUUUUGCUGGUGUCUUCACCAUGAUGAACCCACUGACCUUCAAGGAGAUCUUCCAGACCACCGUGCCCUACAUGGUGGAGAGGAUCUCCAAGAACUACGCCCUGCAGAUCGUGGCCAACUCCUUCCUGGCCAACCUGUCCACGUCGGCCCUCUUUGCCACCAUCUUGGUGGAGUAUCUCCUGGAGAGGUUGCCGGAGAUGGGCUCCAAUGUGGAGCUGUCCAACCUCUACCUGAAGCUCUUCAAGCUGGUGUUUGGCUCCGUCUCGUUGUUUGCUGCUGAGAACGAGCAGAUGCUGAAGCCUCACCUCCAUAAGAUAGUGAACAGCUCCAUGGAGCUGGCCCAGUCCGCCAAGGAGCCCUACAACUACUUCCUGCUGCUGCGCGCCCUGUUCCGCUCCAUUGGCGGCGGCAGCCACGACCUGCUCUACCAGGAGUUUCUCCCUCUGCUCCCCAACCUGCUGCAAGGCCUCAACAUGCUGCAGAGCGGCCUCCACAAGCAGCACAUGAAGGACCUGUUCGUGGAGCUGUGCCUGACGGUUCCGGUCCGCCUCAGCUCCUUGCUGCCCUACCUGCCCAUGCUGAUGGACCCGCUAGUGUCGGCGCUCAACGGCUCCCAGACUCUGGUCAGCCAGGGCCUCCGCACCCUGGAGCUGUGUGUGGACAACCUGCAGCCUGACUUCCUGUAUGACCACAUCCAGCCGGUCCGGGCCGAGCUCAUGCAGGCCCUGUGGCGCACGCUGCGCAACCCGGCGGAGAACAUCUCCCACGUGGCGUAUCGCGUUCUGGGGAAGUUCGGCGGCAGCAACAGGAAGAUGCUGAAGGAGUCCCAGAGGCUGCACUACGUGGUGACGGAGGUUCAGGGCCCCAGCAUUAAGGUGGAGUUCACCGACUGCAAGGCCUCCAUCCAGCUCCCCAUGGAGAAGGCGAUAGAGACGGCCCUGGACUGUCUGAAGAGCGCCAACACGGAGCCGUACUACAGGCGGCAGGCCUGGGAGGUCAUCAAGUGCUUCCUAGUGGCCAUGACUAGCCUGGACGACAACAAACACGCCCUCUACCAACUGCUGUCCCACCCCAACUUCACUGAGAAGUGGAUUCCCAGCGUGAUCAUCUCCCACCGCUACAAGGCCCAGGACACGCCGGCCCGCCGCACCUUUGAGCAGGCCCUGACCGGAGCCUUCAUGUCCGCCGUGAUCAAGGACCUGCGGCCCAGCGCGCUGCCCUUCGUCGCCAGCCUCAUCCGCCAUUACACCAUGGUGGCCGUGGCCCAGCAGUGCGGACCUUUCCUGCUGCCCUGCUACCAGCUGGGCAGUCAGCCCAGCACCGCCAUGUUCCACAGUGAGGAGAACGGGUCGAAGGGCAUGGACCCUCUGGUUCUGAUCGACGCCAUCGCCAUCUGCAUGGCGUACGAGGAGAAGGAGCUGUGUAAGAUCGGAGAGGUGGCUCUGGCCGUCAUCUUUGACGUGGCCAGCAUCAUCCUGGGCUCCAAGGAGCGGGCCUGCCAGCUGCCCCUGUUCUCCUACAUCGUGGAGCGCCUGUGUGCCUGCUGCUACGAGCAGGCCUGGUACGCCAAGCUGGGCGGCGUCGUGUCCAUCAAGUUCCUGAUGGAGCGGCUGCCUCUCAUCUGGGUUCUGCAGAACCAGCUCACCUUCCUCAAAGCGCUCCUCUUCGUCAUGAUGGACCUCACUGGAGAGGUGUCGAACGGAGCGGUCGCCAUGGCGAAGACCACUUUGGAGCAGCUGCUGGUUCGCUGCGCCACGCCACUGAAGGACGAGGAGAAGACGGAGGAGCUGCUGGCUGCCCAGGAUAAAUCCUUCCACAUGGUGACCCAUGACCUGGUGCGAGAGGUCACUUCCCCCAACUCCACUGUCAGGAAGCAGGCCAUGCACUCGCUGCAGGUCCUGGCCCAGGUCACCGGCAAGAGCGUGACGGUCAUCAUGGAGCCCCACAAGGAGGUUCUGCAGGACAUGGUUCCUCCCAAGAAGCACCUGCUCCGCCAUCAGCCCGCCAACGCCCAGAUCGGCCUGAUGGAGGGCAACACCUUCUGCACCACGCUGCAGCCGCGCCUCUUCACCAUGGACCUCAACGUCAUGGAGCACAAGGUCUUCUACACAGAGCUGCUGAACCUGUGUGAGGCAGAGGAUGCUGCUCUGAUGAAGCUGCCUUGCUACAAGAGCCUUCCCUCCCUGGUUCCUCUGCGAAUUGCUGCCCUCAAUGCUCUGGCAGCCUGCAACUACCUGCCUCAGUCCAGGGAGAAGAUCAUCGCUGCUCUGUUUAAAGCUCUGAACUCCACCAACAAUGAGCUGCAGGAGGCAGGGGAAGCCUGCAUGAGGAAGUUCCUGGAGGGAGCGACCAUCGAGGUGGACCAGAUCCACACUCACAUGCGCCCCCUGCUGAUGAUGCUGGGCGACUACCGCAGCCUGACGCUCAACGUGGUGAACCGCCUCACCUCCGUCACGCGCCUCUUCCCCAACUCCUUCAACGACAAGUUCUGCGACCAGAUGAUGCAACACCUGCGGAAGUGGAUGGAGGUGGUGGUGAUAACCCACAAGGGCGGCCAGCGCAGCGACGGCAGCGAGAUGAAGAUCUGCUCGGCCAUCAUCAACCUCUUCCACCUGAUCCCGGCGGCACCGCAGACUCUGGUCAAGCCUCUGCUGGAGGUGGUGAUGAAGACGGAGCGGGCCAUGCUGAUCGAGGCCGGCAGUCCCUUCAGAGAGCCUCUCAUCAAGUUCCUGACCCGCCAUCCGUCCCAGACAGUGGAGCUGUUCAUGAUGGAGGCAACGCUCAACGACCCGCAGUGGAGCCGCAUGUUCAUGAGUUUCCUGAAGCACCGGGAUGCCAAGCCACUCAGAGACGUUUUGGCCUCCAAUCCCAACCGCUUUGUCCCCCUGCUGGUUCCGGCCGGUACCGCGGCCACGGUCCGACCCGGUUCUCCCUCCACCGCCACAGUCAGACUGGACCUGCAGUUCCAGGCCAUUAAGAUCAUCAGCAUCAUCGUGAAGAACGAUGAAGGCUGGCUGGCCGGCCAGCACUCCCUGGUCAGCCAGCUGCGCCGCGUCUGGGUCAGCGAGGCCUUCCAGGAAAGACACCGCAAAGACAACAUGGCCGCCACCAACUGGAAGGAGCCUAAGCUGCUGGCGUACUGCCUGCUGAGCUACUGCAAGAGGAACUACUCUGAGAUCGAGCUGCUGUUCCAGCUGGUGCGGGCGUUCACGGGCCGCUUCCUGUGCAACAUGACGUUCCUGAAGGAGUACAUGGAGGAGGAGAUUCCCCGGAACUACUCCAUCUCCCAGAAACGCGCGCUGUUCUUCCGCUUCGUGGAGUUUAACGACCCGCACUUUAACGACGAGCUCAAAGCCAAGGUGCUGCAGCACAUCCUGAACCCGGCCUUCCUGCACAGCUUUGAGAAGGGGGAGGGCGAGCAGCUGCUGGGGCCCCCCAAUCCUGAGGGCGACAACCCGGAGAGCAUCACCAGCGUCUUCAUCACCAAGGUUCUGGACCCAGAGAAGCAGGCGGACCUGCUGGACUCGCUGCGGAUCUGCCUGCUGCAGUUCUCCACUCUGCUGGUGGAGCACGCCCCCCACCACAUCCACGACAACAACAAGUCCCGCAACAGCAAGCUGCGGCGCCUCAUGACCUUCGCCUGGCCCUGCCUGCUGCCCAAGGCCUGCGUUGACCCGGCCUGCAAGUACAGCGGCCACCUGCUGCUGGCUCACAUCAUCGCCAAGUUCGCCAUCCACAAGAAGAUCGUCCUGCAGGUGUUCCACAGCCUGCUGAAGGCCCACACCAUGGAGGCGCGCGCCAUCGUCCGCCAGGCCAUGGCCAUCCUGACGCCCGCCGUGCCGGCCCGCAUGGAGGACGGCCACCAGAUGCUGACCCACUGGACCCGCAAGAUCAUCGUGGAGGAGGGCCACACCGUGCCGCAGCUGGUCCACAUCCUGCACCUCAUAGUGCAGCACUUCAGGGUGUACUACCCGGUGCGCCACCACCUGGUGCAACACAUGAUCAGCGCCAUGCAGCGGCUGGGCUUCACGCCCAGCGUCACCAUAGAGCAGAGGAAGCUGGCUGUGGACCUGGCUGAGGUCGUCAUCAAGUGGGAGCUGCAGAGGAUCAAAGACCAGCAGCCGGAGUCCGAGUCCGAAGCCACGGCCGGUGAGGGAACCAGUGGCGGCGCUGUGAAGAGAGGCUUGUCUCUGGAACCGGCCGGCACCGGGCAGGACGUCAAGCGGUUCCGGACCGCAGCCGGCACCGCGUCCACGGUGUUUGGCCGCAGCCAGUCCAUGCCAGGAACAGAGACCAUGCUCAGCAAACCCGUGGAGAAGCAACACACCGACACUGUGGUCAACUUCCUCAUCAGGAUCGCCUGCCAGGUGAAUGACUCCACCAACGUGGCCGGGUCUCCAGGUGAGCUGCUGUCCCGCCGCUGCGUUAAUCUAAUGAAGACCGCCCUGAGGCCAGACAUGUGGCCCCGUGCCGAGCUCAAGCUGCAGUGGUUCGACAAGCUGCUGAUGACCGUGGAGCAACCAGCUCAGGCGAACAUCUCUAACAUCUGCACGGGUCUGGAAAUCCUGUGCUUCCUGCUGACUGUGCUGCAGUCGUCGGCCAUCUUGGCCCACUUCAAGCCUCUGCAGCGGGGCAUCGCCGCAUGCAUGACCUGCGGCAACACCAAGAUCCUGCGGGCCGUCCACUCCCUGCUGUCCCGCCUCAUGAGCAUCUUCCCCACUGAGCCCAGCACGUCCAGCGUUGCCUCUAAGUACGAGGAGUUGGAGUCUCUCUACGCCGCUGUGGGAAAAGUUAUCUAUGAAGGGUUGACCAACUACGAGAAGGCAACCAGCAACACCAACCCCACCCAGCUGUUUGGAACUCUGAUGAUCUUGAAGUCGGCCUGCAGCUACAACGCCAGCUACAUCGACCGCCUCAUCUCCGUCUUCAUGCGAUCGUUGCAGAAGAUGGUGCGGGAACACCUGAGCCCCCAGCAGGCCAACCCAGGGGUCACUGAGGCCAGCACAGUGACCAGUGAGCUGGUGAUGCUCAGCCUGGAUCUGGUGAAGACUCGGCUGUCGGUGAUGAGCAUGGAGAUGAGGAAGAACUUCAUCCAGGUCAUUCUCACGUCUCUGAUAGAGAAGUCGGCCGACCCCAAGAUCCUUCGCGCCGUGGUGAAGAUUGUAGAGGAGUGGGUGAAGAACAACUCGCCCAUGGCCGCCAACCAGAUGCCCAACCUGCGGGAGAAAUCCGUCCUGCUGGUGAAGAUGAUGACCUACAUAGAGAAACGUUUCCCGGACGAGCUGGAACUCAACGCUCACUUCCUGGACCUGGUCAACUACGUCUACAGAGACGAGAGCCUGUCAGGAAGUGACAUCACGUCCAAGCUGGAGCCGGCCUUCCUGUCGGGCCUGCGCUGCAGCCAGCCGGCCAUCCGGGCCAAGUUCUUUGAGGUUUUCGACGCAUCCAUGAAGCGGCGUGUCUAUGAGCGGCUGCUCUACAUCUGCUGCUCCCAGAACUGGGAGGCCAUGGGCGGCCACUUCUGGACCAAGCAGUGCAUCGAGCUGCUGCUGGCGGUGUGUGAGCGCCACACGGUGAUCGGUACCAGCUGCCAGGGCUCCAUGCUGCCCUCCAUCACCAACGUUAUCAACCUGGCCGACAGCCACGACCGCGCCGCCUUCGCCAUGGCAACGCAUGUGAAGCAGGAGCCUCGCGAGCGGGAGACCAGCGAGACCAAGGAGGAGGACGUGGAGAUCGACAUCGAGCUGGCGCCCGGCGACCAGUCGGCGCUGCCGAAGACGAAGGAGCAGGCGGAGCGAGACACGGGGAACCAGCUGCACAUGCUCACCAACCGCCAUGACAAGUUCCUGGACUCGCUGCGGGAGGUCAAGACCGGCGCCCUGCUGAACGCUCUGGUCCAGCUGUGCCACAUCUCCACUCCGCUGGCUGAACGGACCAUGGUGCAGCUGUUUCCCCGACUCUGGAAGAUCCUGUCCGACCGCCAGCAGCAUGCCUUGUCUGGAGAGAUGAGCCCCUUCCUGUGCAGCGGCAGCCACCAGGCGCAGCGGGACUGCCAGCCCAGCGCGCUGCACUGCUUCGUGGAGGCCAUGUCCCAGUGCGUGCCCCCCAUCCCCAUCCGGCCCUGCGUGCUCAAGUACCUGGGGAAGACGCACAACCUGUGGCUGCGCUCCACCCUCAUGCUGGAGCAGCAGGCCUUCGAGAAGGGCCUCAGCCUGCACAGCAAGCCCAAGCAGAGCGCCGACUUCUACGAGCAGGAGAGCAUCACUCCACCUCAGCAGGAGAUCCUGGACUCGCUGGCAGAGCUUUACUCGCUGCUGCAGGAGGAGGACAUGUGGGCCGGACUCUGGCAGAAGAGAUGCAAGUUUCCUGAGACGGCGACGGCCAUCGCCUACGAGCAGCACGGCUUCUUUGAGCAGGCCCAGGAGAGCUACGAGAAGGCCAUGGAGAAGGCCAGGAAGGAGCAUGAACGGAGCAACGUGUCUCCGGCCAUCUUCCCUGAGUACCAACUGUGGGAGGAUCACUGGAUCCGCUGCUCCAAGGAGCUGAACCAGUGGGAGCCACUGACUGAGUACGGCCAGUCCAAAGGCCACUGCAACCCCUACCUGGUGCUGGAAUGCGCCUGGAGGGUCUCCAACUGGAGCGCCAUGAAGGAGGCGCUGGUCCAGGUGGAGCUGAGCUGCCCCAAGGAGAUGGCCUGGAAGGUGAACAUGCACCGCGGCUACCUGGCCAUCUGUAACCCGGAGGAGCAGCAGCUCAACUUCAUCGAGAGGCUGGUGGAGAUGGCCUCCAGCCUGGCCAUCCGGGAGUGGAGGCGGCUGCCGCACAUCGUGUCCCACGUUCACACACCGCUGCUGCAGGCGGCGCAACAGAUCAUCGAGCUGCAGGAAGCGGCACAGAUCAACACCGGGCUGCAGCCCAGCAACCUGGGCCGCAACACCAGCCUGCACGACAUGAAGACGGUGGUGAAGACAUGGAGGAACCGGCUGCCCAUCGUCUCUGACGACCUGUCCCACUGGAGCAGCAUCUUCAUGUGGCGGCAGCACCACUACCAGGCCAUAGUGACGGCGUACGAGACGAACACGCAGCACGACCCCAACAACAAUAACGCCAUGCUGGGCGUCCACGCCUCGGCGUCCGCCAUCAUCCAGUACGGGAAGAUCGCCAGGAAGCAGGGUCUGGUGAACGUGGCUCUGGACAUCCUGAGCCGCAUCCACACCAUCCCCACCGUUCCCAUCGUCGACUGCUUCCAGAAGAUCCGGCAGCAGGUCAAAUGCUACCUGCAGCUAGCCGGAGUCAUGGGCAAGAACGAAUGCAUGCAGGGCCUGGAGGUGAUCGAGUCGACCAACCUCAAGUAUUUCACCAAGGAGAUGACCGCCGAGUUCUACGCUCUCAAGGGCAUGUUCCUGGCCCAGAUCAACAAGUCGGAGGAGGCCAACAAGGCGUUCUCGGCGGCGGUGCAGAUGCACGAUGUCCUGGUCAAGGCCUGGGCCAUGUGGGGAGAUUACCUGGAGAACAUCUUCGUUAAAGACCGCCAGCUGCACCUGGGCGUCUCUGCCAUCACCUGCUACCUGCACGCCUGCCGCCACCAGAACGAGAGCAAGUCCCGCAAGUACCUGGCCAAGGUCCUCUGGCUGCUGAGCUUUGACGAUAAGAACACCCUGGCGGACGCCGUGGAUAAAUAUUGCAUUGGCGUUCCUCCCAUCCAAUGGCUGGCCUGGAUUCCUCAGCUGCUGACCUGCCUGGUGGGGUCAGAGGGCAAACCGCUGCUCAACCUCAUCAGCCAGGUGGGGCGCGUCUACCCGCAGGCCGUCUACUUCCCCAUCCGGACGCUCUACCUGACCCUGAAGAUCGAGCAGCGGGAGCGCUACAAGAGCGAUUCGUCCGGCCAGCAGCAGCCCGGCUCGGUGGGGGCCCAGCCUCACUCGGGGGCGUCCGACCCGGGCCCCAUCCGGGCCACGGCGCCGAUGUGGCGCUGCAGCCGCAUCAUGCACAUGCAGCGGGAGCUUCACCCGACGCUGCUGUCGUCUCUGGAGGGGAUUGUGGACCAGAUGGUUUGGUUCAGGGAGAACUGGCAUGAGGAGGUGCUGCGGCAGCUGCAGCAGGGCCUAGCUAAAUGCUACUCUGUGGCGUUUGAGAAGAGCGGCGCCGUGUCGGACGCCAAGAUCACGCCUCACACGCUGAACUUUGUGAAGAAGUUGGUGAGCACGUUUGGUGUGGGCCUGGAGAACGUGUCCAACGUGUCCACCAUGUUCUCCAGCGCCGCUUCAGAGUCGCUGGCCCGCCGGGCCCAGGCCACCGCUCAGGACCCCGUCUUCCAGAAGAUGAAGGGCCAGUUCACCACAGACUUUGACUUCAGCGUUCCCGGCUCCAUGAAGCUCCACAACCUGAUCUCCAAGCUGAAGAAGUGGAUCAAGAUCCUGGAGGCCAAGACCAAGCAGCUUCCCAAGUUCUUCCUCAUCGAGGAGAAAUGUCGCUUCCUCAGCAACUUUUCUGCUCAGACCGCCGAGGUGGAAAUCCCCGGAGAGUUCCUGAUGCCCAAACCAACACACUACUACAUCAAGAUCGCCAGGUUCAUGCCCCGCGUGGAAAUCGUCCAGAAGCACAACACGGCCGCGCGCCGCCUCUACAUCCGCGGCCACAACGGGAAGAUCUACCCGUACCUGGUGAUGAACGAUGCCUGCCUGACUGAGUCGCGCCGCGAGGAGAGGGUGCUGCAGCUGCUGCGGCUGCUCAACCCCUGCCUGGAGAAGAGGAAGGAGACCACCAAGAGGCAUCUCUUCUUCACCGUUCCGCGAGUGGUUGCAGUUUCGCCUCAGAUGCGUCUGGUGGAGGACAAUCCGUCCUCGCUGUCGCUGGUGGAGAUCUACAAGCAGCGCUGCGCCAAGAAAGGCAUCGAGCACGACAAUCCCAUCUCACGCUACUAUGACCGCCUGGCGACGGUGCAGGCCAGAGGAACGCAGGCCAGCCACCAGGUGCUGAGGGACAUCCUGAAGGAGGUGCAGGGCAACAUGGUUCCCCGCAGCAUGCUGAAGGAGUGGGCUCUGCACACCUUCCCCAACGCCACCGACUACUGGACCUUCCGCAAGAUGUUCACCAUCCAGCUGGCGCUGAUCGGCCUGGCCGAGUUCAUGCUGCACCUGAACCGCCUCAACCCGGAGAUGCUACAGAUCGCCCAGGAUACGGGGAAGCUGAAUGUCUCCUACUUCCGCUUUGACAUCAACGACGCCACCGGCGACCUGGACGCCAACAGGCCGGUUCCGUUCCGCCUGACGCCAAACAUCUCCGAGUUCCUGACCACCAUCGGCGUCUCCGGGCCGCUCACCGCCUCCAUGAUCGCUGUGGCGCGGUGCUUCGCCCAGCCCAACUUCAAGGUGGACGGCGUCCUGAAGGCGGUGCUUCGGGACGAGAUCAUAGCGUGGCACAAGAAGACCCAGGAGGACACGUCGGUCCCACUGUCCCCGGCCGGCCAGCCGGAGAACAUGGACUCCCAGCAGCUGGUGUCGCUGGUCCAGAAGGCGGUCACCGCCAUCAUGACCCGCCUCCACAACCUGGCCCAGUUCGAGGGCGGGGAGAGCAAGGUCAACACACUGGUGGCUGCAGCCAACAGCCUGGACAACCUGUGUCGCAUGGACCCGGCGUGGCACCCCUGGCUCUGAGACUGGGACCGGGCCGGUUCUGAUGGGGACGGGUCCCUGGAGCUGAAGCUCUGCCCACCUUUUAAUUUCAGACUCGAGUUGAUCAAGUCAGAACCACGGGUCCAUUGGGUCACCUGGUUCCGUCUGCAGAGGUUCUCUUUCUGCCUCUGGAUCCCAGGCAGAACCAACCAGAACCGGAACCACUGCAGGAAAUUCCUCUUUGUUUUUAUGCCCAUCAAGGAGUCAAAUCUUGUAAAAUGUGUAUUUUUACUACCUGUUGAAUGAGGAAUAUUUUAGGGUCAAAGGUCACCGGGAGCCGACUCUUCAUGCUGAUGAUGAGGAGGAAUCGUUCGCCUCCAGCUGCUCGUGUUUCUUUGGUCUCCUGUACAGAAGCAACUUGUUGGAAUAAAAUGACAUUUUUAUCAUUAA